CAAACAUAAGUAAGAAAGCGGGCCUAUUGGUUAGCAUGUUUGGCCACGCAGUCAGGAGAAAGCCAUUUAGCGACCAUUCACAUCUAGAGAGUGGCGGUAGUGCACUAACAUAGCUUGCAACCGCCGUUAAACGACAAAGAAGAAGAAGAAGAAGAAGCAACAACAUCAAUACGGAAGUAGCGAGGAAGUGUGACGCUCUCACUAUUUGCUAUUUUUCUUAUGUUAUUUUUUAGAGAUAUUUGUCAUUUUCAAAAGUGAGAUCGACAGUAUUAUUAUGCAGUAACCGUCACUAGGGUAGAUUUUGGACGCUUUAUUUAAGGUAACUGCACAUCAUAAAUGGCUUUGCUCUUGAACUAGCAUUUAGCCGCUAGCUGAGUAACAUGAGCUAACAACUUGGAGGAACACACACGCACAUUCUAAUGAUGGAGGGCUCCAAGUCGUCGAGCACAACGAUGCAGGUUAGUUUUGUGUGUCAACGCUGCUGCCAGCCUCUCAAACUGGACACUUCAUUCAAUGUGCUGGACCGGGUCACCAUCCACGAACUUAUAGCUCCUUUGGUGACUGUCACUCCCAGCAAGAACACUGACAGCAGUGAAGGAGACACAACAACAGAGGAGACCUUUGUAGAAAACAAGCAAGAUGGGGUGUCAAGGAAAUACAUCCCUCCUGCACGCAGGAUGAUGUCCACAGAGAGCGCCAACAGCUUCACACUGAUAGGAGAUGCUUCCGAUGGAGGCACCAUGGAAAACCUAAGUCGCAGACUGAAGGUGACGAGUGACCUGUUUGACAUAAUGUCCGGUCAAACAGAUGUAGACCACCCACUGUGUGAGGAAUGUACUGACACGCUGUUGGACCACCUGGACACACAGCUCAACAUCACAGAGAAUGAAUGUCAGAAUUACAAGCAAUGUCUGGAGCUGCUGUCUCAGUUGCAGGUGGAGGACGAGAAGACUCUGCUGACGGAGCUGCAGCAUCUGAACGAGGAGGAGGCAUCCCUGGUCCAGGAGCUGGAGGCCGUGGAGGAGCAGAGAGCCUCCGUGGCCCAGGAGCUGGCCCAGAGCCGCGUCCAGUCUCAGCAGCUGGAAACAGAAGAGCUGCAGUACCAAAAGGAGUACAGCGAGUUUAAACGUCAACAACUUGAGCUGGAUGACGAGCUGAAGAGUGUCGACAACCAGAUGCGUUACUGCCAGAUUCAACUGGAUCGACUCAAGAAGACCAACGUCUUCAAUGCCACCUUUCACAUCUGGCACAGCGGCCAGUUCGGCACUAUCAAUAACUUCCGUCUGGGUCGACUUCCCAGCGUUCCCGUAGAGUGGAAUGAAAUAAAUGCCGCCUGGGGACAGACGGUGCUGCUACUGCACGCUCUGGCCAACAAGAUGGGGCUGCGUUUUCAGAGAUAUCGCCUGGUCCCAUAUGGAAACCAUUCAUACCUGGAGUCCCUGACAGAUAAGUCAAAGGAGCUUCCACUGUACUGUUCGGGCGGCCUGAGGUUCUUCUGGGACAAUAAAUUCGACCACGCCAUGGUGGCCUUCCUGGAUUGCGUGCAGCAGUUUAAAGAAGAGGUGGAAAAAGGCGACACCGGCUUCUGUCUUCCAUACAGGAUGGACGUGGAGAAGGGCAAGAUCGAGGACACGGGUGGCAGUGGUGGCUCCUACUCAAUCAAGACUCAGUUCAACUCUGAGGAGCAGUGGACCAAAGCAUUAAAGUUCAUGCUCACCAAUCUCAAGUGGGGACUGGCCUGGGUCACCUCGCAGUUCUACAACAGAUGAAUGAAAGCAGGGUGCCUAAAACCACCAUAUUGGAUUUAGGAUUCUCUGCAUGUCGUACUCUGAAGUCUCAUUUCAAAUGUAUACAGUUUAUGUAGGACACUGUUUAUUGUGUGUGUGCACAGAGUUUUACUUUAACUUAAUAAACAUAUUGUCUGGAAAAAGUUAACUUUUAAGGACAAAAGCAUACGUUUGCGUGUGAAAGAAAGGCUAAAAUACAUAAAAAUAAUCCAUGUUCAUGUGGACGUAGCCUUAGCUUGCAGUAUGUAGCUUGUACUUGCAAGUAAUUGGUUUGUGGUGAAUCUUUGGAUGAUAAAUUUGUAUUUGAACAUUCUAUAUAAUUUUAUUAUAUUAAAAAAAAUAUCCCGAGUACCACUAGAUGGCACCUGUGGACCACCAGUGGCACUCGUACCACAGUUUGAGAAUCAAUGCUGGGGUAUGUGAAUAAAAAGUAAAAACGGUUUGACUACAUGAGCGCAGAACACUGACAUUUCCGUAAUGCUCUCCAAUGCCUCAUGUGAACAGCCAUAGCCGGUAGUACAGUGCAGAAUAAAGGUGACAGCAUGAAGUUGUUCAUAUUUCUAUGUGCGUUACA